GGCUCCGGUCGCUCCCGCCUCCCCGGCGCUAGUGGCGGCCGCAGCCGCGCACCCGGGCCGGCCCGGAAGAGCGGAGGUCAUGGCUUCUGGCUUCUUGGACCUGAGGCUCCCAUGGAGGAAAUGACUGUCAGGAAUCUUGCUCCAGAUCUGUUACAGAGACUGAACCUUUGCAGGGCGCGAUCUUGCCCGGGACAGGAAAGUUUUUCUCUUUGAAGGGCUUUACAUUUGUAACAAAGAAAAUAAAGAUGACGACUUCGUCUAUCAGACGGCAGAUGAAAAACAUUGUGAACAAUUACUCAGAAGCCGAAAUAAAAGUCCGGGAAGCCACCUCCAAUGACCCGUGGGGCCCGUCCAGUUCUCUGAUGACUGAGAUCGCGGAUCUGACCUACAACGUGGUGGCCUUCUCAGAGAUCAUGAGCAUGGUGUGGAAGCGGCUCAAUGACCAUGGCAAGAACUGGCGGCACGUGUACAAGGCGCUGACACUGCUGGACUACCUCAUCAAGACGGGCUCCGAGCGCGUGGCCCAGCAGUGCCGUGAGAACAUCUUCGCCAUCCAGACCCUGAAGGACUUCCAGUAUAUCGACCGUGAUGGCAAGGACCAGGGCAUCAAUGUGCGUGAGAAGUCAAAGCAGCUGGUAGCCCUCCUCAAGGAUGAGGAGCGGCUGAAGGCCGAGAGGGCCCAGGCUCUCAAAACCAAAGAGCGCAUGGCCCAGGUCGCCACUGGCAUGGGCAGCAACCAGAUCACCUUUGGCCGCGGCUCCAGCCAGCCCAACCUCUCCACCAGCUACUCAGAGCAGGAGUACGGCAAGGCUGGGGGAUCACCGGCCUCUUACCAUGGCUCGCCCGAGGCCUCGCUGUGCCCCCAGCACCGCACAGCGGCCCCGCUGGGUCAGAGCGAGGAGCUGCAGCCGCUGAGCCAGCGCCACCCUUUCCUGCCGCACCUGGGGCUGGCCUCCCGCCCAAAUGGCGACUGGUCCCAGCCCUGCCUCACUUGUGACCGCGCAGCCCGAGCCACUUCCCCGCGGGUGUCCUCCGAGCUGGAGCAGGCCCGGCCCCAGACCAGCGGAGAAGAGGAGCUGCAGCUGCAGCUGGCACUUGCCAUGAGCAGAGAAGUAGCAGAGCAGGAAGAACGCCUCAGGCGGGGUGAUGACCUCAGAUUACAGAUGGCCCUAGAAGAGAGCCGAAGAGACACAGUUAAAGUUCCAAAAAAGAAAGAGCACGGCUCCCACCCACAGCAGACCACUCUGUUGGAUUUAAUGGAUGCCCUUCCCAGCUCGGGCCCUGCUGCCCAGAAAGCAGAGCCCUGGGGCCCAUCAGCUUCAGCUAACCAGACCAACCCCUGGGGUGGGCCAGUGGCCCCAGCCAGCACAUCGGACCCCUGGCCAUCAUACGGUGCCAAGCCAGCUGCCUCUGUCGACCCAUGGGGAGUGCCCACCGGUGCCAGCACACACUCCAUCUCCAAGAGCUCAGACCCCUGGGCAGCCCCGCAGCAGCCUGCCCCCAGUGCUGGGAAAACAGCUGACGCCUGGGCUGCAGCCUCGACCGCCAAGCCUGUGUCCACCUCUGGGGCCUUUGAUCUCUUCAGUAAUUUGAAUGGUACAAUUAAAGAUGACUUUUCUGAAUUUGACAACCUCCGAACUUCAAAAACAACAGCUGAGGUGGUGACCUCUCCACCAUCGCAAAACAAUGGAACUACAAGCCCUGACCCCUUUGAGUCCCAGCCCCUGACCAUCGCCUCGAGCAAGCCCAGCAGUGCCCGGAAAACACCCGAGUCCUUCCUGGGCCCCAACGCAGCCCUGGUGAACCUGGACUCGCUGGUGACCAGGCCAGCCCCACCAGCCCAGUCCCUCAACCCUUUCCUGGCACCAGGCGCAGCUGCGGCUUCGGCCCCUGUCAACCCCUUCCAAGUGAACCAGCCCCAGCCACUGACGCUGAACCAGCUGCGAGGGAGCCCGGUACUGGGGUCCAGCACGUCCUUCGGGCCUGGCCCGGGUGUAGAGCCCAUGGCUAUGGCCUCCAUGACCUCCACAGCCUCACACCCAGCUCUGGGGGUCAGCAGUUCCUCCCUGACGCCACUGGGCCCCACAACGAUGAACAUGGUGGGCAGCAUGGGCAUCCCCCCAUCGGCUGCUCAGGCCACCGGCACAACCAACCCUUUCCUUCUCUAGUGCCCGGGCUGGGGACCCGCCGCAGAGCGAGUGCCCAGAGCAUCUGCGCCCGAGGACGCCGAGCAGGGACUGUCGUUUGUGGAAUGGUGUCUGAGAGUUGGGGUGGGUGUUAGGGAUUUCCAGUUCCGGCUUCCUGAUCAAGGGUUGUCUUUACAGCCCUGACCCUCGGACUCAGUGGUGGCAGGCUUGCUGAGACAUGAGACAGAGCACGCAGGUCUCCACGCCGUCUGAGGUGCCUGCUCACCUGUCCCCAGUCCGCAGCCUGCGUCACGCGGGCCCGCCCCUGACCCAGCCUGGCCACCCUCCCCGCCGCCUCCCGAGCACAGGGCCCUGGCUCCUGUGGAGAUGGCUGGCUCUCUGGGGCUGUGGACGAGGAGGCGGGAGUCCUCGGUGUUGCCCUUGCCCCCAGCCUCAGCCUGAGGGUCUUUGGGUCACUGCCUCACCCAGGACUUGGGAUGGCCGCCUCGUCUUUGCCCCCCAGCCCCAGCGACACCCCAGGCGUCCCAGUGUGACAGAUGAAGUGCCGCUCCAUCAGACCCUGACCUCCAUCAGACCCUGACCGUUUAGGGAAGUGGUUGUGCAUAUUUUUCUUCGACUCGUGUGUGAGUUCAAAGUAAACAGCACCGCUGUGGAACAACUUGGAUUAAGUCCACUAGAGCAAGCUUUAAACUAACCUGAGCAUAACCCUGCCACACGGCUCUAUGCUUGUACACGUUUGCACAUAUUUUGUUUAGUACAGUUUCAUAUUUGAGUUUGCAGAAUUAUCUAAUAGUCUUUUUUUGGCUAAUAUUUUUAUAACGUGGUUCUUAUUUAACUGUCUAGUUUUGAUAGAAUUUACCAGGUCUGGCUGAAUUAAGAUACGGGCACGUGUCAUGUUAGUGGUUUAAAUCCUCUUAUUUAUGGUUUUAAUUCUGUAAGAAAAUUUAAAGAGGAAGAGUCAGAAAAAAUGCCGUAUGG